AUGGCAGCCUCUACAGGGAAUUUUCUUCACCCAGAGGGACGUGGCAAUGCCUAUGAGGUCCCAGUGUCAUUUGAGGAUGUGACUGUGGACUUCAGCAGGGAGGAGUGGCAGCAAUUGGACUCCACUCAAAGAUGCCUAUACCAGGAUGUCAUGCUAGAGAACUACAGCCACCUUCUCUCAGUGGGGUUUGAAGUUCCCAAGCCAGAUGUCAUCUUCAAGUUGGAGCAAGGAGAGGAACCAUGGAUGUUGGAGGACGAAGCCCCACAUCGGAGCUGUUGCGAUGGCAAGUUUGGGAUCAAGAACUCACGAAAAAGAAUUUCCAGCCAAACUCCAUUUCAUUGUGAAAUGGAAACUGACAAGAAGAGAGAUUAUCCAUUGUAUUCCAUUUUAGAAGACCUCUGGCAAGAUGCUGAACAGAUACAUAGGAGUAAGGAAAACCAGAAGAAGCCUCUGAGCAAUGCUGCUUUCCUCACUAAGAAAACAUUGAGUGCAGAGUGGGAAUUCAAAUACACAGACAUGGGGAAAUAUGUACUUCCAAGCUCAGACUUUCCACCUGCACAGAAGAGACCUCCUAAGCCCAACUCAUUGGGGAAGCAUUUUAAAAAUAAUUUAGAUGUUCGUAUUCAUAAUAAAAACAAUUCAGCAAAGAACGUAGAUAAAAUUAUUGAGGAGGGUCAAGUUUUCACCCAGGAUUCUUCUUAUAUUAAUCAUGCAAAUUCACCUGCAGGAGUGACAUUAUAUGAAAGUAAUCCAUGUGGAAAAGUCUCCAGCCCCAAACAAAAUGAGAAGCCUCCUACUGGGGAGAAAGCAACCACAUGUGCUGAAUUUGGGAAAGUCUAUACCCCCAAAUCACGCCUCUUCACACCUCCAAGAAUUCACAGCGUGGAAAAGCAUCAUGAGCUUAGCAAAUGCGCAAAUGGUUUACCACAGAAGCCACUACUGAGCAUUUACCUGAGAGUCCACAGAGAUGAAAAACUGUACAUAUGUACAAAAUGUGGAAAGGCCUUCCUCCAAAAUUCAGAAUUAAUGGUACAUGAGAAAACUCACACAAGAGAGAAACCCUACAAAUGCAGUGAAUGUGGAAAAUCGUUUUUCCAGCCAUCAUCUCUCCUCAGGCACCAGACAACUCACACCCGAGGAAAAGUCUAUGAGUGUGGUGAGUGUGGGAAAGGUUUCUCCCUGAACUCAGCCCUCAGUGUCCACCAGAAAAUCCACACUGGAGAGAGGCACCACAAAUGUAGUGAGUGUGGGAAAGCCUUUACCCAAAAGUCAACACUCAGAAUGCACCAGAGAAUCCAUACAGGGGAGAGGUCCUAUGUGUGUGCUGAGUGUGGCCAGGCCUUCAUCCAGAAGGCUCACUUGAUUGCUCACCAGAGAAUUCACACAGGAGAAAAGCCAUACGCAUGUAGUGACUGUGGCAAGUCUUUCCCCUCCAAGUCCCAACUCCAGAUGCAUAAACGAGUCCACACAGGAGAAAAACCCUAUGUGUGCACCGAAUGUGGGAAGGCAUUUACCAACAGGUCAAAUCUCAACACUCACCAAAAAUCUCAUACCGGAGAGAAGUCGUACAUAUGUGCUGAAUGUGGGAAGGCCUUCACGGACAGGUCCAAUUUCAACAAGCACCAGACCAUUCAUACUGGAGAGAAGCCCUAUGUGUGUGCUGACUGUGGGAGAGCCUUCAUCCACAAGGCAGAGUUAAUUGCACAUCAGAGAAUCCACACUACUGAGAAGCCUUAUAAAUGUCCUGACUGUGCAAAAUCCUUCUCCAAGAAACCACAUCUCAAGGUGCAUCAACGAAUUCACACCGGGGAGAAACCAUACAUAUGUGCAGAAUGUGGGAAGGCCUUCACCGACAGAUCCAAUUUCAACAAACACCAGACCAUUCACACUGGAGAGAAGCCCUAUAAGUGCAGUGACUGUGGGAAGGGCUUCACCCAGAAAUCAGUGCUCAGUAUGCAUCGCAAUAUCCACUCCUGAAAGUAAACCCCAUUUCCUGAAGAGAGGGAGCCUCUUCACAGAUGCUGGGUCCAUGUGUACAUUACAUCACUCACCUGAGACAGAUCCUUCAUGAAUGCAUUGUCUGAGAAAGUGUUCAUCAGUUUAUAUCACCUGAGAUGAGAAAAAUGAUGGAGAUGGGACCCUCUAAGAGUACAUCAGAAGAAGUGGAGUUUCUGUGCUUGCACAACCUCACAAAAUAUAGUUGAAUUUACAGGCUUGAUGCAUUAGGAAAAGCUUUUCUACUGGAAGGAUAACAAGGCAAGUUGUUAUCAAAUUCUAUAAGGAGAAAGAUGUGAAACUAUGCAAAAUCAGGACACUAAUGUGUACUAUUAUAACGACUUUACACUUUAUAAAUAACAUCAAAUUGAUACUUUAAAGUACCACGAAAAUGAAAGACAGAAUAAGAAGAGAAUGUAUUGAUGUGUAAACCUCUCACUUCUGCAGAGUACUUAUGGCUUCAUAACAGGAGGAAUAGUUGAAAAUUUUUUUUCUAGAUACACAACAUGCAGGUAUGAUUUUCUAUGAACAUAUUAAUGUAAUUACAGUGGAACCCCUGACAUAGCAUUCCUAUCUUCUUUCAGUGUGGAUAUGAAGAAAGUUCUCCAGAUUCCUCCCAACCCUUUUUGCAUGAGCCUUUGCAAUGUCACUUUGUUGUUUCUUUUGGUAAGAAGUAGCUUCUUUUUCUCUGCUCUUUGACUUUGGACCUAGUUGUGAAGCUUGCUUUGGCUAAUGGUCUUUAAUGAAGAUUUAAGAAGAGGCUUGAUUUUUCAGAAAAUAACUUAGCCCAUUGUGUGCCACAAUAGACUUCUGACUUAUAGGAUAUUAGGUAAUAUAUUUGUGCUGUCUUAAGUCCCUAAAGAAGAAGCUUGAAAAGUAUGAAAGCCUGCCUUGCUUAAUUACCCUUUUUUGCUGCUGUCUGCCAUUUAGAGACCUCUGAGUGAAGAAGCUCAUAUUGCCCCACUGGGAGGUGAGAAAGACAAACCAGCCUAGAUGAGAGCCUGUAUACUGCUUAGUUUACCAACUGUCAGACACGGGGCGAGGCCUUGCUAGACCUCCUGACCCACUCAGGACAGCCCAGCUCAGAAUAGCCAUAGCAUUUAUCCAAGCCAACAUACAGAAUUGUGAGACAAAUAAAAUGAGCAUUGUUUUAAAUAGUUAUGCUUUUGGUUGUUUCAUUACAUGCAAAUGCGAAGCAUUGGUAAAAGUAUAUAUGUGUAAGGGCUGGAGUGAUAAAGUACUAGCUGAGUAAGGCAAAGUGUGAGACCCUGAGUUCAAACUCCAGUAUGACCACCAAAAAAAAAAAAAGAAUAACAUAAUGUUGGUAGGCACUGAUGGUUCACAUCUGUACUCCUAGAUAUUCAAGAAGCUAGGACUUGGAGGAUCAUGUUUUGAAGCCAGCCCAUGAAGAAAAGGCCCCGAGACUCCAUUCCCAAUUAAUCAGCAAAAAGCAGGGCUGGAUGUAUGACUUAAGUGGUAAGAGUGCCAGCUGUGGGCAAGCAAGCCGAGCAAGCUUGAGGAUCUGAGUUUGAACUCUAAUAGCACAUACAUAACAGUAUAUGUGCACAGUGGAUAUUGUACCAAAACAUAAUGUGGCAUUGCCUUUGGCUCUAGGCAGUAAGUGGAGACUAGAAAAACAGUAAGGAAACUUAGCAAGCUAGCCUGUAGUAUUUAGUAAGGGGAAAAUGGCAAAGCAGUCACUAUCCUUGUGGGAAGGUGGAGAAUAAACCCAAAUGAACUUUUGAAUCUGACUGAGGAGAUUUGCAGUAGAAUACAGAAGGGGUCAGUUUGCUUCUUUUAGAUGUACAUAAUAAAGUAUAGAAGGAGAAAAAAAGUUGUAAGUAACUUCCACUGGCAGCAGAAUCAGAAGAAAGACAGUAAAGUCAGGAGUUUCUAGGUUGGGAAAUAACUUUCACAUAAUCUAGUCCACUUUCAAAUGUUCACCAUGGUAAGAAAAAUGGCCUCAGGGUAAAGAUGAAUCAUGAGGGUAUUGAUAAGACCCUUUGUGAAAUAUUGUGUUGUGUUGGUGAUUGAGGGAGUUAGUAACUAAUGAACAUUUAUAAAUAAGCAUCUAAAAAUCUCCAUAACAGCCAGGUACUGGUGGUUCAUACCUGUAAUCCUAGCUACUCAGGAAGCCAAGUCCAUGAAACUUAUUUCCAUCUAACCAACAGACAAAAGCCAGAAGUAGAGCUGUG